GGAUCGUGAUAGAGAUCGGGAACGCGAUAGAGAUAGAGACAGGGACCGAGAUCAUGAUCGACCGAGAAGCCAACACAAGACUGCCCCAUCUCCUGUGGUUCAUGUCCGUGCUUUGUGCGACUCUGUGAUCGAAGCUGACCUGGUGAAAGGUGUUGAUCGAUUUGGACUCAUAAGCUAUGUGAUGAUGUUACCUAACAAACGACAAGCUCUGGUGGAAUUUCAAGAUUUGCGAAGUGCCCAGAAGUGUGUUGCUUAUGCUAAACGGCGGAUUGUCAAUAUUGCUGGGCAUCCUGCUUUCUUUAACUUCUCCACGAGUCAACGAAUCACUCGCCCCGGGGGUCCUGAAGACCCAAAGCAUGUCAACAAUGUUCUCUUCUUAUCUAUUCAGAAUCCGCUGUAUCCAAUCACAACGGAUGUUCUGUAUACUGUCUGCAAUGCGUGUGGUCCAGUCUUGCGUAUUGUCAUCUUCAAGAAGAAUGGAAUACAGGCUCUCGUUGAAUUUGAUUCAGUCCAAAGUGCCCAGAAGGCAAAGGCCUCUCUAAAUGGUGCAGACAUUUAUUCUGGUUGCUGCACACUCAAAAUUGAGUAUGCCAAGCCUACUCGACUGAACGUGUUCAAGAAUGAUAGCGAGUCCUGGGACUACACUAAUCCCGAUUUAACUGCUCGAGACGAAAGAAGGCGACAAGGACAGCCAGCCCUUCUAGGAGAUCAUCCUUCAACAUAUGGAGGCUAUCAAACAAGCCCAUUGGCAUUAGCACACAGAAUGGAUCCACGCUCUUCCAGCAGUAGACCCAUGCAUCUCUACUCUGCUCCUGACUUUGAAUUUGUGCCUCAGGGCAAGGUCAUAAUGAUUUAUGGACUUAAUCCACACAAAAUGAAUUGUGAAAAAAUCUUCAAUCUUCUGUGCCUCUAUGGUAAUAUUGAAAAGGUGAAGUUCAUGAAGAGCAUGCCUGAUGCUGCCAUGGUUGAAAUGGGAGAUGAAUUUUCUGUGGAGCGAGCAAUCACCCAUCUGAAUGGCGUGGAGAUGUUUGGAAAGAAACUUAACUUGUGUGUCUCUAAACAGGCAUCAAUUGUGCCAAGCCAAUCAUAUGAGUUGAUAGAUGGUACCGAUAGUUACAAGGAGUUCACCAACUCGAGGAAUAACCGCUUCACUAAUCCUGGACAGGCAGCCAAAAAUAGGAUCCAGCCUCCUUCCAAUGUACUUCACUUCUUCAAUGCUCCACCUUGUGUUACAGAGGAAAUCUUUCAAGAGGUUUGCGAAGAUUGUGAACUGAAACCUUUUAGAACUUUCAAGACAUUUACUGGAAAAUGUAAGUUAUCUGAUUGUGUAAGUGGCAAUUGAAAACUCCUGUCAUG